AUGAGAAGACAAAAUUUUAUGAGUCAAACAAUCGGAUUAAAACCAAAUCACCUUCAUCAACGUUUAACGAUAACGGUAAACGUGUUAAAAGACGAAAAAACAAACAUUUGUGAGUCUAACAAAAGGAUUAAAAACAAAUCACCGUUAUCAACAUCUAACAGUUAUGAUAAACGUAAUAGAGACAAAAAGACCGACCUUUAUGUCUCUAACGAAAGG